GCCGGUAAGUGAUCAAUUUAAAACUUGGUUAUUUUGGCUGUGAUGCAGCGGAGCCUCUCUGUCUGCCGCGCCUACUCUGUUUCCGGCAUUGUCCCACCCACAGCACCAUCUGAUUGGUUACAGGCAGAGCGGGUAACAGCCAAUCAGAAGUGAAAGCUGUGCAUGCACAGUGCCCACACCAUAGACAUAACAUACGUAGACGCCUCAUUGCGUGCUGAAACGUAAUCCCGCAACGCCGCCAUCUUGGUUGGGUCUCCUCACUGUAGACUAGCGCCAGAGUCAAUCAGAAUCAACGGAGAACGAGCAACUAUGACCGUAUUUUGUGCAGUUUAUGGUUGCAAUACCCGGCGCAGUGUUGUUACCAGAUCGCGGGGGAUUACCUUUCACAAGUGCUGAGAGUCAUCUGGAAGCUGAAACCAGUUUAAGCUUUACAGACCAAACUAACUGACAUGGGCCAGUCACAGUCUGAUCCGACACCAAAGCCUGGGGACUUGAUUGAGAUCACCCGAGUUGCUUAUCAGCAUUGGGCUGUGUAUGUUGGUGAUGGCUACAUUGUUCAUGUCACAUUGCCACCAGGCGGUGAAGUCUCAGGUGCAGCUCCCAGCAGCUCGAGGUCUGGCUCGGCUAAGAAGGCCAUGGUGAGGAAACAGAAGCUGCAGGAGGUGGUGCAACACCACAAAUGGAAAAUCAACAACAUCCUGGACAAGAAGUACAAGCCGCGCCCACCAUCCGUCAUUGUGGAGGAGGCGCUCGGGCAGGUGGGCAAUAUGAUGGAGUACUCCGUCAUCAGCAAGAACUGUGAGCACUUUGCAACCAAGAUGCGUUAUGGAAAAGCUGUUUCCUGGCAGGUGAUAAAUGCAGAAGUGGCAGCUGGUUUCGCGCCCCUCUAUGCGCCUGCAGCACUCGUUUUGUGGUUUCCUGUAUCGAUUGUAGCUGCAGCAGUACUCAUCAGCAGACGAUAGACAGACUGACAGACAUUUUCCGCCACCUCUCCUCCUAGCUGAAACUUUCCAGUACACUAUUCAACAUGUUUGUACUUGUCUUCUGACAUGUCCCUGCUGAUUGUUUAACAGUUUAGCUGGAGUUCAUAAAGUUCUGUCUUCCUCUGACAUAAUGUGACUGAAUAAAUUAUCAUUUGUGUGAUUCUG